CCGAAACCGGAAAUCCGGUCGGCCUCUAUACUGGGAGCAAAAGUGACAGCGAAGCGAACAGUCUAUAUACAUAUGGAAGUCUGUGUCUAAAUCAGUCCUGUACGCUUUCGUAUUGAGAAAGUAGAAAUGUGCCGUUCGAUUCACUGUAAACCUUGAAAUGUUGAAUGUUGUACACCAAUGUUAUAUUUAUCAUACAAAACCCUUCAUAAGACUAUAUCGGUUAUUUAGCAUGGUAAAUAUUUUGACAAAUGAAACGGCUAAGCUGGAGAAGAAUCGUCAAUCUCGUGAUAUAAUUGGACCUCCUGAUCCAGUUUCGAACUUAAGGCCGAUUGUAUUUGUCAGCCGCACAAAGGAAACUUACUCGGAACAGAAAUAUAGGGCGCUUAGAAACGAGACGCAACAAUGGAAUCAGAUAUUCUGGACCAAGCAUAAUACUAGCUUUACUGAGAUGUUAAAGGCACAAGGAAGGAUAGCAACUGCAGAUGACAUGUCAGUAUUUUACAAACAAUUUUUAGAUAAAAAUUGGCAGUCUCAUUUUAAUUACAACAUUGCGUGGUACAAAAGAAAUAUAAAAAUUCUGUUUUUUGGAAUAGCAUCAAAAAUAUCUAAACUUAAAUUUAAAUAAAUUGAAAUUCGUGUAACUCUUCUUUUCUGAAUAUUUAUACAAAUUAUGUAACGUUGAAACUACUUAAAUAAAUGUAUUUAAAAUGUUAGUUUUUCUCUUCUGUUUGUGAUAGUUACAUAAUGUAAUUGAAUUGCUUUGUAAUGGCAAUAUGCAAUAAGUAAAAUUAUUAUUCAUUCUUUAAUCGGAAUAUUAAUAUGAUAAAAUGUAAAAUUGUGAGCCAAAUUUGUAGGUACUAUUAAUUGAUAGUAAAAUUACGUACUAAUAUUCUGAUAUCAAAACUGUAAGUAUCAACAAUCUAGACAAAAGAUUAAAUUUGUAAAAUAUAAAAACGAUCAAAAUCUUAAACAAGAAUCUUACAGUCCCAUGCUCUUUUAUUUUCCGUAUUGAACUUAAAUAUUAUUGAAGAAAUACAACAUGUUAGUAUUUUCAAAACAUUUCAUGCAAUAUGCAAGUGUGGCGAUUAUGACACAGAAAGAUGUGCGCUGCUCUAAUGAGCCAAAAAUCAGAGUUGAAAUCCAAUCAAAACAUUGUUAGUUUUUAUUUGAUCGUUUGGCAGCAACGAGAGAAAAUAUCUAAAGACAUUAUAUGAUAAAACAAUUAGAUUAUGCAAGUUAUUUUCAGUAACGUGGCGAGUGUGGUGUAGAGAAAUAUGCGCUGCUUAGUAAAUGAAUAAACGAAAAGAUCAGAGUUCAAAUCCACGAACACCACUGGUUCUUUCGGAAUUUUCCAAAGGAAAGUGGUAACCACCGAGAGUAUCCUGCCAUACAUAUCCUUUUAGGGACACUGCCUUCCAGAUUGGAGGUUUCCUUCGGCAAAGUUAGCAGCCUACCGAAGAUGAAGUAAAUGCUCAAAGUACCAGGUCGUUCUGGUACAGAACUAGUACAGAACGAACCGGAUAAAAGGAAGAUUUUCAUUAAAAUUUUUCUUUAAUAAAUAUUAUUUAUUUC